AAUUUGAUUAGCAUUUUUCAGAUUUUUUCACACAACUGUGUCACCACCCUCUUUCUGGUUUAGGACACUGUAGGCCUUUUUGAAGUCCAGACGGCCACUGGCGCCUGUUAUGAAACCCAAUAACUUAAUCCCUUCAGAUGUCCCCUCUUCCCGUCGCCCUUUGUGAGUCAUAACAUAAUCAGUGCCAAUUUUAGCCAUAGUCAAAGCUUAGGUGACAGCUUCAGCAAUGCUAACCAUAGGGCACACGUGCGCGUGACUUCUGUCUUCACCACGGUGUACGGAGAACAAGAAGAAACAGUCCUCUGCACAAAGAGGUCAGAGGUCACUGAGUAGAAAUGCUUUGACAUGAACAUGAAUCAUCAGCUCAGCUGGAUGUGAUGCUGACAGUAGAUGUGCUUUAUGUUGUGACUUCAUGUUCUAAGCUCUCAAAAGUCAACACUGGAGUCUUCCAAACUUAUUUUGGGACACUUUCCCUGACAACCGACCCGAAUCGUAAAGCCCCCAUAACAGCUCUGAUAAUGAGCAGACAGCCGGAGGUCGUCAAAACCACUGAAGGCAGCGGUUCUGAAAGGCUUGAUAAAUGCGUUAAUUACCAAUAAGCCCACAGCAGCUGCUUCAAAAUAACAAUGGACUCAUCAUCGUACGUGGCCGUGCCUGAGCACCCAAGGGUACACAAAUGUAACAGUGGCAAGGUGAAUUCCUGGCUCAUUAUGUAACUCUGGUCUAAAGCAGAGACCUGGGGGGGUAUAAAUUAGAGUCCAGGGGGCAGAAGCGCUCAAAGCCUUCCUCCUCAGUCCUGUGCGUCCUCAGGCUUCCCUCAGAGCUCUUUAAGAGAAAUGGACUUCAUCCUGACGCCUAACGUGACACUUGGUGGCAUCCCCUGGGAGAAGCUUUUACCGCCUCUCAUUCCUCGAGUUAACGGAACGUACGGGCACUGCGGCUGGACUCCAGCGCUGAUCAUUCCAGAGAACGACAAUGCCAGCUCAGAUGAGGUGCACUGUGAUAACGGUGGAUUCACAGUCCACGUAGAUGUAAAGCAUUUUAAGCCGGAGGACCUGCUGGUCAAAGUGGUGGGGGACUUUGUGGAAGUUCAAGGAAAACAUGAAGAAAAAAAGGAGAAUGGCCCAGGAUUUACAACACGCCAGUUUAACCGCCGCUACCGAAUCCCAAAGGGAGUGAACACCAUGGCCUUGGAGUCUGCCGUUUCCCCGGACGGCGUCCUAAUAAUAUCUGCACCCUUGCUGCAAACUGAGAUCACCAGAUCUCUGAUGUAACUGCAUUCAUACAAAAAUCCUGAUGUGCAUUGGUAGUCUUCACAAAAUAAUAAAAAAAACACAGCACAAAAUAACUUCAUGCUCUUCCGUUCACGUGCCAAAACAUUUAUUUCAUUCUAUUCCUGGCACUUUGUUAGUAUCUCUUUGGUUUGUAUAUACUUGUCUGCAAUUACUUACAAGCGUUACAUAACCCUCCAAACACAUGGCUCUUUGUAAAUAUUCUGUACUCAGAGUUGAAACGUUUUCCUUUUUGUCAUUUUUGUAAAUUGUGAUUAAUAAAUAGAAAGACUCCUUUAAAAUAAAACAAACUUUAUUUCUUUAUAAAAUUAUAAUAAAAUAUAUAUAU